GAUUUCGGCGCAAUUCAUAAAAACAUUUUAACUCGUGCUUUCAGUUUUUGUCAUUUUGGAACCACCGGUCCUCCCACAUUAACUUCUUGACGUGUCGUAAAAUAGCAGAGCCGGAUCCGGAGAAUCGCCAUGAACAGCGUCGCUAACAAGGUAGCAGUGGUGGGAAGUGGAAGUGAGCAUUUCGAACCAACUCUCUCGUUUUCAGGAGCAGUUUGUGCAUCAAUUCUGGCCAGGAAUGGCGUGUCUGUGACCAUUUUCGAGUCUGCUAGAGGCCCCGGUGGCCGUAUGUCACAGAGAAGAGAAGUUACCGAAGAAGGGAGGGAGCUGGUGUUCGACCACGGUGCUCCGUAUUUCAGUGUUAGCAACGCUGAGGUGUGGGAUCUGGUUCGUGAGUGGGAAUCAAGAGGUCUUGUUGCUGAGUGGGAUGAGAAUUUUGGAGCUUUUGAUUGUAUCUCCCACAAAUUUUUGGGCAUACAGCAGGAAGGACUAACCAAGAAAUAUGUGGGUGUACCAGGCAUGAAUGCGAUAUGUAGAGCAUUAUGCCAAGAAACUGGAGUAGAAAGUAAAUUCGGGGUUGGUGUUGGAAGGUUGGAGUGGCUAGAGGAUGAGAAUUUAUGGUCUUUGAUGGGUUUGGAUGGGCAAAAUCUCGGUCAGUUUCAGGGGGUGGUUGCAUCGGACAAAAACAUUGUUUCUCCCAGGUUUACAAAUGUUACAGGACGAGCACCACCUCUUGAUAUGAAUUUGGUUCCGGGGAUGGCAGUGAAGUUGCAAGAUAUCCCUGUUAUCCCAUGUUUUGCUCUCAUGAUAGCAUUUGCAGAGCCUCUUUCUGCAAUACCAACAAAAGGUUUCAGAGUUGUGAACUCAGAAGUUUUAAGUUGGGCUUGUUGUGACAGUAGCAAGCCAGGGCGUUCUGCCACUAGUGAACGAUGGGUAUUGCAUUCAACUGUUGAGUAUGCAAAUGGUAUAAUUGCUCAAACUGGACUUGUUAAGCCCUCGGAGGCAACAUUGAAAAAGGUGGCUGAAGAACUUUUCCAUGAAUUACAGAGCACUGGACUAGAUAUUUCUCAGCCCUUCUUCAAGAGAGCUCAUAGAUGGGGGAGUGCAUUUCCUGGUACAAGCAUUGCCAGAGAGGAGAAGUGCCUUUGGGAGAAGAACAAAAGGCUUGCUAUUUGUGGAGAUUUCUGUGUUAGUCCAAAUAUUGAAGGUGCCAUAGUUAGUGGCAUAGCUGCUGCUUCCAAGCUUUCUAGCUGUUGGUAACAAUCCUCUCAUCAUUUCACCAAAUAACUUCCUUUACUGUCUGUCUGUAUCUGUCUGUCAUCUGGGCAGCUACUUGUUAAAAUUUAGGUGUAUCUGCAAUUUGGUUGGGCUUCAUAUUGGUGAAAGAUUUUUUGGGAAACUGUAAUCAGAGUGCUAUAAAACUGCUUCAUGAAAUUGAUCAUUGUGAUCAACAGAAAAAAAA